AUGUUCAUUCAAUGUACUAUUCUUCUUAUCAUUGGAUUUGUUCUAUAUAAAAUUGCUGAUUAUUACGCUCGUCGAUAUCUAGGCUUCAAUUCAACCGAUCACACGCCGGAAUAUACACCGGGAUCAUCAGAUUCUGCUGCAUUAGUAUGUGUUCUCGGUUGGGGUGGAUGUACACGUCGACAUUUACGGCGUCUACUUGAGUUUUACUCCUCUCAAGGUACGUCAACAGUAUCAUGGAUUAAUCCAAUGUUUAAUUACCUUUUCGGCGUCGACAGAAAACAAGUCGAGCGUGUACUAGAUUUUCUUUUGCAUGAAAACCGUCAUGCUAAUCAAAUUAUUAUUCACCUACACUCGAACAAUGGAUCGUUAGUCUGGGGGCACAUGCUUCAAAUAAUGAAAACAAAUCAAUACUAUAGUCAUUUAUUACCAAAUAUCAAAGGAGUCAUUCUCGACUCCGCACCUUACGUACAUUUGAAUGGAUCAUCGGACUGGCUCCUUGCGUCAGCCAUCGGUGCAUCUCGAGCGUGUGUCAGCAUAAUACUUAACCGAGCACAGUAUUAUCAUUAUCUUUGGUCACCAUUGAUCAGUUAUUAUCUAUUCCUACGCUUCUUCUACCGAAAGUAUCUUUCAUCAGAUUCGCGCUCAUCGUCAGAUAAAGUUUUACUUCUUCUUAAUGCUUCACCGGUGAAUGUGAAGCAAUGUUAUCUAUAUAGUGAUUCCGAUCGUUUAAUUCCACAUCAGAUCAUCGAACAAUUUAUCAACAAACAAAAAGACCGUGGCGUGCUAGUGACCUCUCAUCGCUUUGCAGAUUCAGGACAUGUUAACCAUUUUCGUCUGUAUCCUACCGAAUAUGGACAAUUGAUUUUGAAUUUUAUCGUAAAGAAUAAAAAUUCACCACUUGUCUCAUAA